UAUGGCGACCAGCCGUCUAAAAAGCUUCACUUUUUUCACAACCACCAGCACCGCCACCGCACAGGAUAGCACCAAGAAGCACACCGAAUCGGUCCAUCCCAAGAGCUAGUUCCUCCCUCCACCUCCCUAGGGCUCCCCGUCCCCCGCCGGCGCCGACCCACCUCCCCUGAACGGCGCCGCCCGCCGGAUCCGGACCGCCGGCGAUCUGGGAUCCCCGGGACCUCGCGACCCAGAUCGCGAUUCGCCCCGCUGAGGACCGAUCUGCGCGACCCAUUUGGAUCCCGCACCGUCCGGAGACCAUGUGGAGGUUCAAGCCGUUCGGGCAGAAGGAGCAGGCCGGGCUGGAGGGCCGCGCGAUCGACAUCGGGAACGUCAAGGUCCAUGUCCGGAACGUCAUCGCCGAGGGCGGGUUCUCGUGCGUGUACUUGGCCCGGGACGCGCUGCACGUGUCGAGGCAGUUCGCGCUGAAGCACAUAAUCUGCAACGACGAGGAGUCGCUGGGGGUCGCGAUGAAGGAGAUCGCGGUGAUGAAAUCGCUGGCGGGGCACCCGAACGUGGUCGCGCUUCAGGCUCACACUGUGCUGGACAUGGGGCGGACCAAGGAAGUCCUGCUGCUGAUGGAUUUCUGCGAGAAGUCGCUGGUUCAUGUGCUGGAGAGCAGGGGAGCUGCGCAUUUUGAGGAGAAGCAGAUAUGGGCGAUGUUCAGGGACGUCUGUAAUGCCGUCUUCGCAAUGCACUGCCAGUCGCCUCCCGUUGCUCAUAGGGACUUGAAGGCCGAGAAUAUUUUGUUGGGGACUGAUGGCCUGUGGAAGUUGUGUGAUUUCGGAAGCACCUCUACCAAUCACAAACGGUUUGACAAGCCUGAAGAAAUGGGUAUUGAAGAAGACAAUAUCAGGAAACACACAACACCUGCAUACAGGGCUCCUGAGAUGUGGGAUUUAUAUCGCAAGGAGGUCCUAAACGAAAAAGUAGAUAUAUGGGCUCUUGGAUGCCUCCUCUUUCGGAUUUGCUACUUGAAAUCUGCAUUUGAUGGAGAGUCCAAGCUACAAAUCCUGAAUGGGAAUUAUCGUAUUCCGGAGUUACCAAAAUACAGCUCUUUCAUCACGGAUCUAAUUAAUGACAUGCUUCAAGCCUCUCCAGAUGCCAGACCCGACAUCACGCAGGUGUGGUUCCGUGCUAAUGAGCAGUUACCUGUUGGACAGCAAAAGUCUUUGCCUGAUCAGUCCCCAGAAAUGCAAUCAGCAGAGAUUCAUGCAGGCAUUCCAAAGUCCACAAAUCGGGUGUCACCGGUGCCUCGUAGAAGUCCGCCACCCCCACCUUCACAGAGUGACUCAGUCAAAUCGUCACCGCAUAUUAAAGCAGGUGGAGGUGGAGGGUCGCUUGGUGCUUUCUGGUCUAGUCAGCAUGCGAGGGAUUCAGUUGUUGCUGAGGAUAAUACUGGCCCAAGUUUCGAUGAAGAACCAACAAGUCAUAGAAUGUCAAAACUUGAUAGAGAGCAUGCAGAGAAUCAUACUUUCUCCAAAAACACUUUUCCGAAGAAAGAGGUAAAUGUACAGCCACAACCUACUCGGAGGAGUGUGCCUGGACAAAACUAUCUUAGGCCUGAGGGCAAUCAUCAUAAAGACUUCGAGAUAAACUUCUUCCAAAAAGAUUCAGACCAGCGUCAUGAGAGACCUGGAGCAUCAAAACCUGAGAAUGCGGCCAUUUUUCAAGAUGACAGUUUCAAUACCUUUGUUGCUGAAUUUGAUGCCAAAAAAUUUAGCUCUGGUAUCAGUAAUCACGGGAUGCAAAAGGAAGAAGAUUUGGAUGUUGAAUUAGAGAGGCUAAAAGAGCAGCUGAAGCAAGCAAACCUAGAAAAGACUGAGAUGACUUCUAAAUAUGAAAAGCUAUCUGCCAUUUGCCGAUCUCAGAGGCAGGAAAUACAGGAACUCAAACAAGCUCUUGCUGCUAGAGCUCCAUCACCAAGCAGGGAUGCUAUGAGAAAUCAAACCCCUACUAGAAUCGAGUCAUCUGCUGCUGCUAUGACAUUUCGGUUAAUACAGCCAUCAGAGGAAACUAGAAAAACCAACUGGGACACCCAUCAGGAAAAAGUUGAGAAGAAUUUUCAAAGCCCAGAACCCACAUCAUGGCAGGCUUUUGCCGAUGAUCCUAAGCCAAGGCAGCCUCUUUCAAGGGAUACCACCUCCAGAUCUGUUAGGACAAGAAAUGGUCAACAAAGUAAGCAGGGCACUCAAGCGGCAUCAAAAAAUGAGACAUGGGGCUUUGGGUCGGAGAGUUUUACUGCCAUGCCCAAUGCCAGUUCUCAGAUAUCAAAACCCAUUCGAGAAGGAAGCACUUCCCAGCGGUUUGGUGAUUCAAAGUUCAGGGAGAACAAAUCAUCCUCUCAACCUGCAGGAUGGGCUGGUUUCUAAAUCAUUCCUGGACAUGACCUUUGAUAUCUUUCAUGAAGGACAGUUGUCUGAGCAGAUGAUUUACACCUGAUGUACACAAAGUCCAGAGGUAAAAAAGCUUGUGGACUGGAGCCCGGCUUUGGAGAGCUUAUGUUCUUGUAGAUACUGUUACUGAACAAAGCACUCUUAUUCUUCUAUUUCAAAUUGUCUGAGCAGCCAAAUGCAUGCUAUGCAUUUUGUAUGCCAUUUGUGACUUACUGAAAUUGAAUUGCUCGGCUGUUGGAAGUACUGGCUCAAGCCAAAAGUCAAGUCUGUUGGUCAUAAACUGCACUUCCGUUCUAUUAAGUGCAGAUUGCAGAGAAAUAUCUGAAAAAGGGAUACGUUUGGGUCAACCUGCUGAAGAAUAAAAUUGGAUUUGAUGAAGCUUAUCUGUAAAGAGAGCCAUACCUGGAUGUUUGAGAAGGUCAGUGCUAUUAGUAUUGCCCUUUUGACUUUUGAGUUGUAUACGGAUAUUCCCUUAAGCGCUUGUCAUUGGUACUACCGAAGGACAAAGUUCCCUGUGAAUGUUCGAAUUAAAAGUUCUGAUGAGUGAGGAUGAUUGUCGACAAGGUAAUCUGUUAUUGCCUUGCUUUUGUUGAUUCUGGACAGGCAAACCAUGGUUAGAUUAUCUUGAUCAUCUUUAUUGCUUUA